GGAUGUUCCCCGCCCCACCCGAAAGAGCUGGGGUUUGACCACAGCUUCUGAGGAUCUUGCUCAGGCUCCCGUUGUCCACAGCUCCUCCUCCUGUCGCUGCUGGAGUAGUUCCUGGGACUCAGAUGGACCACACAUCUCCGACCUACAUGCUUGCUAACUUAGCCCACUUACAUUCUGAACAACUUCUACAGGGCUUGAAUCUUCUUCGCCAGCAUCACGAACUCUGUGACAUUAUUCUUCGAGUAGGUGAUGUUAAAAUUCAUGCUCACAAAGUGGUACUUGCCAGCAUCAGCCCAUAUUUCAAAGCAAUGUUCACUGGAAACCUUUCCGAGAAAGAGAAUAGUGAAGUUGAGUUUCAGUGCAUUGAUGAGACUGCUCUCCAGGCCAUUGUGGAGUAUGCCUAUACGGGGACUGUUUUUAUUUCUCAGGACACAGUUGAAUCCCUCCUGCCAGCAGCAAACCUUCUCCAGAUAAAACUCGUCCUGAAAGAAUGUUGUGCGUUUCUUGAAAGCCAGCUUGAUCCUGGUAACUGUAUUGGAAUUUCUCGUUUUGCAGAAACAUAUGGUUGUCACGACCUUUAUCUGGCAGCCACUAAAUACAUAUGCCAGAAUUUUGAAGCUGUUUGCCAGACUGAAGAGUUUUUUGAGCUUACACAUGCUGAUUUGGAUGAAAUUGUUUCUAAUGACUGUUUGAAUGUAGCUACUGAAGAGACAGUUUUUUAUGCAUUAGAGUCGUGGAUCAAAUACGAUGUACAGGAACGCCAGAAAUACUUAGCACAGCUACUAAACAGUGUACGACUACCACUGUUGAGUGUUAAGUUUCUCACUAGACUGUAUGAAGCAAAUCAUCUCAUUCGUGAUGAUCGCACUUGUAAACAUCUUUUGAAUGAAGCUCUGAAGUACCACUUUAUGCCUGAACAUAGACUCUCUCAUCAGACAGUCCUGAUGACACGACCUCGCUGUGCUCCCAAAGUACUUUGUGCAGUAGGAGGGAAAUCUGGACUCUUUGCCUGUUUGGAUAGUGUGGAGAUGUACUUUCCUCAAAAUGACUCUUGGAUUGGUUUGGCACCCCUAAACAUUCCUCGCUAUGAAUUUGGAAUAUGUGUUUUAGACCAAAAAGUGUAUGUUAUAGGUGGUAUUGAAACUAAUGUGCGUCCUGGGGUCACUAUCAGAAAACAUGAAAAUUCAGUGGAAUGCUGGAAUCCGGAUACAAAUACCUGGACUUCGCUAGAGAGAAUGAAUGAGAGCCGAAGUACCCUUGGAGUAGCAGUACUUGCAGGAGAGCUUUAUGCUUUAGGCGGUUACGAUGGACAGUCUUACUUACAAUCUGUAGAGAAGUAUAUUCCCAAAAUAAGAAAAUGGCAGCCUGUGGCACCCAUGACUACCACAAGAAGUUGUUUUGUCGCAGCUGUACUGGAUGGAAUGAUCUAUGCCAUUGGCGGAUAUGGUCCUGCCCACAUGAACAGUGUGGAGCGUUAUGAUCCAAGUAAGGACUCCUGGGAGAUGGUUGCAUCCAUGGCAGAUAAAAGGAUUCACUUCGGUGUGGGUGUCAUGCUAGGCUUCAUUUUUGUGGUGGGUGGUCAUAAUGGUGUCUCUCACUUGUCAAGCAUUGAAAGAUAUGAUCCUCAUCAAAAUCAGUGGACUGUGUGUCGGCCAAUGAAAGAACCCAGAACAGGAGUUGGUGCUGCAGUAAUUGAUAACUACCUUUAUGUAGUUGGUGGGCACUCAGGGUCUUCCUAUUUGAAUACAGUGCAGAAAUAUGACCCUAUCUCAGACACAUGGCUGGAUUCAGCAGGCAUGAUAUACUGUCGCUGCAACUUUGGAUUAACUGCACUCUGACAAGUGGAACUCCUGGAAAUGGUGUGGUAGUGAAACUUGUGCCGCAUGAAAGGAUGCCCAGUUUUGUGAAAUCCACAAGCUGCAUUGCUUGCUUUUUAACUUGAAGUGGCAUGAAGACUCAAAGUUUUGUUGGUACUUUGAAUUGACAAAUAGUUUUGGUUGCUCUUGAUUACAUAGUAAAUCAAUAAUCAAAAAAAAAAAAAAAGGAAAAGACCUUACCAAUAGAAUUGUGCACUUUUUCCUCUAAGACUGGCAUAGACUAGUUUUAUGUUCUUAAGUAUAGAAAACCUUGCUGCUUUUUAAAAAAAGUUCAGCUCUCCUUCCUUCCUUCCUUGAUAUGCACUAUGAUUUAUUAAGAUGAGAGAUGUUUUAGAUGCUAGAGAGUACUGAAUGACUGGACAGAGCCGAAAAAGCUGGUUGGAUGUAAAUUCAUAUGCGUCACAUUUUUUAUUUGUCUUAAAACAAACAAAGGGCUGCUUUUUUCUGGUACUUUUAAGGGUUGUAAAUAUGCCAUAGUGAUUCAUCUGAAUACUCUUCCUGGGAAAUGACUUUAGGGCUGGGAUGUAACAAGUGUUAAGACAGUUGCUUUUACUAUCAUGAUAUUUGGGGCCCUGUUUUAAGAAAAGUCAGAUAUUUACUGUUCAUGCCUUUUGUAUAUGGGCAGAUUAAUGCUAGAUGAAGUUAUUUACCCAUCUAUGGUGUACUAAGCCUAGAUGGAAAGAGUUAACCAUGUCAGUUGUUUAACUUUUGCAUUAAUUACACGGCAGGCUUCCCAAGGUUGAUGUAAAUAUUUGAGAAGUAUUUAGCACAAUUCUUAGUGCAUAUUAAUUUUUCAUCUAUCUUUAUAAUUUUAGUUUUCAAGGAUCUUUGCGCUUUUUUUUUGAAGUGUUCAGAUAUUACAAUGGUGCUAACUGUAGGAUCCAUAACAAGGCUAUAACCAAUGUUCUUUGGGAUGCUCAGUAUGAGAUGUGCAUGACAUGUGUUGAUAAGUCUUUUUCAUUUUUACUGGCUUGAUUCACUUGUGCUUAUUAAAAAUGUUAGCAAUUGCACUAAUAUUAACAUCCAGAAAUUAUCAAAAUGGCCUAUGUUUUGCUUUCCAUAGUUCCUGAAUAGUGGUUUAAAGAAAAAUACAUUUCUGAUCUUUUUUGUGCUACAUAUUACAUGUCCUUUUAAAAAGCAGAAAUAUAUGUAUUAAAUAUGAAGCACUAGGCAGUUAUGCCUUACUUUGUACAUUUCUUAGGUAACUGAAUAUUGUUAUUGAGGAAAACUGGAACUCAAUGUUUACCUUGAGUAGUGGUUCCAAAUUUAGUUCUACUUUGAUUAAAGAAAUGAUCUUUUAAAGCAGAAUUGUUGACUGUAGCCAGUGAUAGCUUAUUUAAAAGAAGUGGUUAAUUUAUUUUAUUUUAGCAUGUUUUAGUGUCUGUCAGUCUUAAAAACAAUAACUUGCAUUUUGUUACGAUGCUGGUACUUGUAUUUUUGGUACUAUAGUUAUUUUUGUUUUCUUUUCCUUGAUUUUUUUUAACCUGCCCACUACUUCUUUAUAAAGUCUCUGGAAACCAGUGUAUAUUUUUUUCUUAAAAACAUUCAUACUUCAUUCUUAAGUGCCAUAAUGUGCUAGACUAUUGAUCUUUUAGAAGCCAUUUGUAAUUAUAAAACAUGGGUUCAUUUGUUAGCAUAUAUGUUAUUUCUUGAAAAAUGUAGCCAGGCAAUUUGCAGUUUUCCUUGUUCUUCCAUAAACUGCCAGUUGUAGAUUUGAAUAUAUACUACAGAACUAUGUAAAAUUGUCUUUAAUCAUAAAAGUAGUAUCAUGCUUUAUGAAUUUUUGCACAGAUUAUAAAACCUUGCAAGUGAUUUUUAGUCUCUUCUAAUUUAGAACUCAGCAGGAGCUAUUAUUAAAAUCUACAGUCUGAUGAUUUUCUGUGUUGCUUGUUUAAAUAACAUAAUGAUACAUAGCAAUAACUUUUUCAUUGAUUUGAACAAAUCUAUUGCAUAGAAACAAGGUGCACUAUUGUGGUUGGCCUAGGCUUUAUUUAAGGAAAAGCAGUUUAAAAUAGAUUUCAUCAGAUACUGAAUUUUAAUCUCUAACUCAGUUUUCUUUGUUCAUAUUUAACCAAAUUAUUGAAUAUAUUCCAUUUUUAAUCCCUCCCUCUCAGAAGAUGAUGGAAUUUGAAAGACUAUAGAAAAUUAUUUUAAUUGUAAACACAUCUAUACAUUUUAACAAUGUUUACUCAUGUAUCAACUCUAAUAUCAAUUAGUAUAAAAUAUAAUCAUUUAGCAAAUUAGAUCAAAAGCACAUAAUGAUCAUUGUCUUUGACAAAAAUCUAAAUUUCAUCUUGGUAAACACUAGACAUGAAACAUCUUGGGUAAUAGUAAGAGCCAUAUACUAAUGAACAAAUUUAUGAAACUCUAUGAUGGGAAGAGAAAAAAUAUUCAAAACCUAGAAAUAAAUUUAUUUUAGUAUUGCUAAACCUGGACUGUUCAUAGCAACCAGAGCUAUAAAAUCUGACCUGACAACUGAUAAGUUUACUAUAGAGCCUUCUGUUACAAAUUUGUGAAAGGUUCAAAUAUGAAUACUCACCUGAAAUUGUGAAUUUACAGCCACAUACUUCCUUUUUUUUUGAGACAGAGUGUUACUAUGUCAACCUCGGUAGCAUGCUGUGGCGUCACAACUCACAGCAACCUCAAACUCUUAGGCUUAAGUGAUUCUCUUGCCUCAGCCUCCCAAGUAGCUGGAACUACAGGUGCCUGCCACAAUGCCUGGCUAUGUUUUUUUGGUUGCAGUUGUCAUAGUUGUUUAGCAGGCAUGGGCUGGGCUUAAACCCGCCAGCCUUGGUGUAUGUGGCUGGCACCCUACUUACUGAACUAUGGGAGCUGAGCCAACAGCCACAUAUUUCUUAUGUUAAAAAGGAUCAACAUGUUUGGUUAUAAAUCCCCAGGAUUAAGGGUGUUAGAAAUAUAUAUAUUUAGGCAAGGAGGGAAAAGAUAUUAAAGAUUACCCAGAAAUAUUUUGGGAAAGAGCAGCAUUGGGAAAUAGAAACUUAUUAGUUGUAAAAUAAUUGUCUUCUAUAAUUAUGUUAUGAACACUUUAUCUUUUAGGAUUCCUUAGCUUUUUAAUAUUUGUUGAAUGCCAUAAUAGAACUUAGUGAUUUUUCUUUUUUUUUUUUUUGAGACAGAGUCUCAAACUGUCACCCUGUGUAGAGUGCUAUAGCGUCACAGCUCACAGCAACCUCCAGCUCUUGAGCUCAAGUGAUCCUUUUGCUUCAGUUUUUCUAUUUUUAGUAGAGAGGGGGUCUCUCUCUUGCUCAGGCUGGUCUCAAACCUGCGAGCUCAAGUAAUCCACCCGCCUUGGCUUCCCAGAGUGUUAGGAUUACUGGUUUGAGCCACCAGCCACCAUGCCCAGCCAACUUAGUGAUUUUUAAUGUAGCCCCAAGGAUAUUUACAAAUUCCAUAUGUUAAAAUGCUGUUUUAAAUAUGAGUGAAUAAUAAAUGAUAGGAAGUGGUAUCAAGUGAUAGGAAAGUAGCUUACAUUUUGAAAGUUCAUUUUGAGAGUUUAUACAUACAGAGGGUCUACUGUAUGUCUAAGACAUUCUGUUACAGGCUGUGGGAGCUAGAAAGGUAAGACAUACUCUCCCUCAAAGAGAGUAAAACACAGUGGGAGAGAUCUGUAACCUAAUAGCAAUUAAGAUAAAAUAUGAAUCUAAUUCCUUAUCCCCAACAUCAUAAGAAGUGAUUAGAAACCUAGUUUAUGUAUAAAUAGUUCUUUAGUAUCCAAUUAGGUUUUAUUGACAUGAAAAAGAAGUACAAAAAACCUAAUGUGUACAGAACUCCAAAUUUCCUGGAAUUGGAUAAUGUAUUUUCUAAUAGAAAAACAUACAGAAAAAAUUUUAAAACUUAUUUCCUGUAAUAUCAAGGCUAUGGCUGACAUUGAGGGAAAUAGCUGUACAUGUAAUGCUGUUUAUUUUCGGUUUCGAUGGUGGAUUCCUGGUAUUGUCACCUAAGUGCUCAUUUUCAGGAAAAUCUGAUUUCACAAUAAACUUAUUGCUUAAACUUCAAUAAACUUGUGAUAACCUCUUAACCUCUAUAGUCUGAAAGUUAAGAAAUUUUAAGAUGUCACAUGUCAAGUUAACAUCCAGUUCUACUUCUUAACCUUUUUUUUCCUUUGUAAACAGCACUUUAAUUAGACAUGAUUUAAUUAGAUAACAGUUAUUCUGUGGCUGGUAUGUGUUGGAUUUUCAGUUAUAGUACACUGAUUCAGUAUUGAUAAACAUUUGAAAGAGUAGGAAUAUAACACAUUUUAAAUACAAUAGGUUUACAAAUUUUCUUACUGGUGUAAAUAUGGAGUAAAAAAUCCAGUUUACAUCUCUGCAGAGAGAAAAAUUGUUAUCCAUAUGUCUUUUAUAUUAUGCAUAUUUAACUAGGGGUAAUUUAUUGUUAAUUUUGUCCAAGUUAUGUGUAAGUCCCAUUUAUUUCAAAAUACUAAGCAAAAAGUUCCAAGUUUGCCUUAAAAUACAAGUGAAAUUAAAGAACUGGAUGAUAAUGCCUAUAUUUUUGCCUUAUGAAUUGUGCUGUAUAAUUAACCAGCAAUGGUUUUGGUUUUAACAGGAUUCUGAAAUUUUGUAGAUUUAGAGUACUAAUAUUUGUACUCUCUUGCAAAGAAUGUGAUCUAGUUGUGGAAUAUGUUAAUGUUUAAAUGUUUUUGUAUGUGUAUUUUACCUCUAAAUAUGUGGGUAUCUUUUUAGCAUCAGGGUUUUAUUUUAUUUUUGUUUACAUAGUAAAGUGGCACUUGUAUUCUUUUUUAAUUUUAAAAGUUCUUUGUGUAUAUUACUGUGCUAAUGCUCUGUAAUGAUUAUGAUCAAAUUUCAUUUCAUGUAAAAUGUUUAAAAUAAAAUUGAAAAA